AUGGAAGGCAAAACAUUGGCCAUUCCAAGAGGUUCAGAUACUAAUUCACCUGAUGGUUUACCAAUUGGUGGGAAGUUAGUGGAACAGAAGUUACAGGAAACUGUCUUGGAGCGUGAUCAGAAUCUUCACCUUCCAGAAGGAGCGGCUAUUAACUGUGCUGCUUUGCGCUCAACAAAGUGCUUCCUAGCCUUCUGUAUGAUGCUUGUGCAGUUGUUGCGUGUUUACAAGAACGACUGGCGGAAGCUGGAGAAAGAAUCUGCCCGAGAUGUGGCCACGGUCGAACAAUUAAAGGAGAGCACAACCAAUGUUUUGAGCCCGGUACAAACCAAAACCGAUCAGUUUAAAACUCAAACUGUUUUGGGUGAAAUUUCGAACAUACAAGAUAUUUCUUCCCGUGUCAAAUCAGCUCUGGAGAGGGAAUUUCCAAUUUCAAUGCCAAUUGUUAAACGCGUAGCAAAUUUCACCACCGGAAUUCAUCUAUUGUGGAAAAUUUUCGACCGAAAUGUUGCCGCUCAGAUUGUAAACUUCGAAAUCGAACUGCGCAUGCUAAAAUCAACCACAGAUCGUGGAUCAACUUUACGUAUUAGAAGGGAUGCUGGUGUGCGUGCAGGAGCGGCGUUUCUCCCCAUAGAGGACGGAUACUGGACAUUACCUUCCCGGGUUGCCAACGCGGGACUGAAGAACGAGAUAUGCUUGACAGAGAGCAAAGAUAUACAUCCUGGAAGAGUAUACACUGCCCGGGUUGUGGGAGUGGUGAGACCGCAAGAUCAGAUGGAAUUCACCUCAGAAAUUUCCGUCAGAAGUCCGUGGUCGGAGCGUAUCAGCUUUGAAAACCUCCUCAACUUACAGCCGACAAUAACUACCUUGCUGGCCACCAAUAAAACAACUUUUAAACUAGAAUGGACACUGCCUACUGUGUCAAACUGGGACCUUCCUCCGCAACUGGAAAUCGGAGCAAUUUACAUUCACUUCCAUGCUUUGCUUACCCCGCUCUUGUCGGAUGCGAACUCGUCCCAUCCACAAAAGUCCCGGUGGCGAACUUGUCGUCAGGAGGCAGAUCACACGAGCAGUAUUGCUUUCACCAGAGGUGAUGAUGGCACAAGAAAUAAUAGUGAUAUAAUGCUUCACCAUAUGGGACAAGAAACAUUUCUUGGUUCAUGGCAUUGGAACGGAGAUAAUCGAGAUUCAAAGCCGUUUCAAUGGACCAUUGAAAAUUUACAGCCCAACACAACAUACGGGGUUGCCAUUUACGGCUUGUUAAGCCCAUCGAAAGAGCGCAGCUUUGAACCGGACUCGCUGGGCUGGUACACACUCAUCAGUGCCGAGGCCAUUGAACAGACAUUGAUUGAAGAUAAUGUGGAACCAAAGGCCAAGUCAGAGUGGACAAAUAAAGGCGUGCAGAAAAGUGAAAACACAAAUGAAGCCAAAAUCCAGAGCAAGACAGACUACGUCGAUGCCAAAUCUCCGAUGGAUCAGGAAAGUCAUGUACUGGUGGUUAUUUUGGGAUCGCUGGCUGGUGUUCUGUUGGUGAUUUCGUUGGCACUGAUUGGUCUCUGCAUAUGGUACCAUUUGAGAACCAAACGUUUGGUAUAUCAGGAAGCUGUAGAGUCACCAAAUAAACUGGGAAUCACGACAUCCUCAUUAGAACUGUCCAGCACACCAAAUGGUUAUCUGAUGAACACGGCCAAUCCGGUGCUCAACUUUAUGGAUUCCUCCUAUCAGGCUCAAUUUACUGGGUCACCGCAGAUGCAACACUUAGGCAUCUCGAAUCCUGGUUUACGCCAACUGGCCGAGUUACAGUCUUUGUGCCAAUUGUCCGGUUGUCCACCACCGUCUCAUCCACCAGCCUGGUCCACUAUGCCCUUCAGUCCCGGUGAAAAAACUCAAACCCAGAUGUUGCAACAGCAACAACAACAGCAACAUUAUCCCACUCAACAAUCUUGGUUGAACGCCGAUAUUCCUAAAGCUUCCAAAUCUAAAGCUGUUAUGGUGUCCGGCCUGUAUUCUUACGGUAAUGGUACCCCACACUCUCUGGAGUCCACGAUUCAGCAUCACAAUCAGCACAAUUCACAUAACCGUCAUCAUCAUCAAUCAAACGCUAGUGGGCAGGAGUUGGAUUCCCUUCUCUGUUGUGAUAGUGACGCGUCUGACAAAGCAGCGCACGUGAACGAUGCUAAGAGAGAACCAUUUGAAGCGUACAUUGGUGGCCCAGACGGGAACUUUUCUUCUCCAGGAAUAAGCGAUAAUGAGGAUGGAGAAGGUGCAAGAAUUAUUCAAAAUGAUCAAUCAUCGUCCAUAUAUUCGCACAUUGGAUCCGAGUCUACUUUGAACGAAUUACCACCAAAGUUGCUGGAUCGACGGGGUUGCUUCUCUCCCCAACCACCACCGCCGCCUUCUAUCGGUGCUGGUCCCCUCGGGCAUUUUGCUCCGUUCAGCCCAACCGCAGCUCACAUGGGCCUGUUUCGCGCAUCCGAAAAUUCACAAAUUCAAAGACCUAUUCCCUUGUAUCUAUCAGCACCUGGAGCGCAUCAACAAAUCCCAAAUCCCACUAUGUGGAAUACAGGAUUUGUUCCUAUGAAUAUGGACAACUUCAUGGCAGGUAACUGGCUCACCCAUCCAGCCAUUCAAAACUCCCUCCUGGCUCGGCAACAAUCUGUGUCGAUUCAACCGGACACCAUGUUCUGUCGAACUUUGCCCAACCGAAGGAACACAGAUCUAAAUCAACGAAUAUCACGUACUACUGUGAUGCCAUCUACAACAACAAUCACACCCACAGACUCGGCAGCAGCGGAACUUAUCAUGGAACAGCAGAAGAACCAACAAGAUCCACUAUUACUGCUCUCAACCAACGAAUCUUCUGUUGGAACACAUCCAGCAAAUGGGUCUCGGAUUGAUUCACUGCUAGCUGCAGCCAACCGUGUGGAUCAAGUCCAACGACACACAGACACUGAAGGAUUAAAUAGUGAUCAUCCAAGUGCUCUGUUUGUACUCAAAUAUUGGAUGGCUGCAUCAAACAAGCCAGAUCCGGUUCGCGAUGUGCCAAUUUCCAGUGGAAUGCAAGUGUCUUCAAAACCACCGAGCAGUGCGGAAAGUGGUAGAGGUUCCCGACCGAGUGGAGCUGGUUCAGAACACUCAGCUUCCGGGGAAAGAAAAUUCACCGAGGUUUGUUUCUAA